UGGGCAGGGAGCCGGGCUCGGCCGCCAGCACUAAAGAUGGAGAGGCGCCUGGGCCUCGCAGGGGAGGGGGCUCGGCGUUGACGUGGGACGCGGCGGAGGCGCCGCAGCCGGUGGUGAUUUGCUAACCUCACGGCACAGAGGAGUUGAGGGCGAUGAGAGCGGGUACUGCGAACUGCCGGGCGAUGCCGCCGCUGCCGCCGUGAUACCGAGAGCAACAGUUCCCCAGCAACACCCCUCCCGACACAGGCACACCCCCCCCCCCAAGAGGCACGCACACCCACCCCACAGCGCCCGGCUCGGCAGUGCCCUCUCCACUGGCCCAGGAAACCCACCCUGCCCUGCCACGCAGAGCCAGGAAGGAAAGAGAGCCUCAUGCCUAAGCCUCGGGGAGCACCAUGGAUCUGACAAAGAUGGGCAUGAUCCAGCUGCAGAACCCCAGCCACCCCACGGGGCUCCUUUGCAAGGCCAACCAGAUGCGGCUGGCCGGGACGCUGUGCGAUGUGGUCAUCAUGGUGGACAGCCAGGAGUUCCACGCCCACCGGACCGUGCUGGCCUGCACCAGCAAGAUGUUCGAGAUCCUCUUCCACCGCAAUAGCCAGCACUAUACUCUGGACUUCCUCUCUCCAAAGACCUUCCAGCAGAUUCUGGAGUAUGCGUACACGGCCACGCUGCAAGCCAAGGCGGAGGACCUGGAUGACCUGCUGUACGCAGCUGAGAUCCUGGAGAUCGAGUACCUGGAGGAGCAGUGCCUGAAGAUCCUGGAGACCAUCCAGGCCUCAGACGACAAUGACACGGAGGCAACCAUGGCGGACGGCGGGGCCGAGGAGGAAGAGGACCGCAAGGCUCGGUAUCUCAAGAACAUCUUCAUCUCGAAGCAUUCCAGCGAGGAGAGUGGGUACGCCAGCGUAGCUGCUCAGAGCCUCCCUGGGCCCAUGGUGGACCAGAGCCCUUCCGUCUCCACCUCAUUUGGCCUUUCCGCCAUGAGUCCCACCAAGGCGGCAGUGGACAGUUUGAUGACCAUAGGACAGUCUCUCCUGCAGGGGGCUCUUCAGCUGCCUGCCAGGCCUGAGGAACCGACUCUGGCUGGGGUUGGGCGGCACCCUGCGGUGGCCGAGGUGAAGCCGGAGAUGAUGCAGGUGGAUGAGGUGCCCGGCCAGGACAGCCCUGGGGCAGCCGAGUCUAGCAUCUCAGCCGGGAUGGGGGACAAGGUUGAGGAAAGGGGCAAGGAGGGACCCGGGACCCCAACUCGGAGCAGCGUCAUCACCAGCGCUAGAGAGCUGCACUAUGGACGUGAGGAGAGCGCCGAGCAGCUGCCGCCUCUAACCGAGGUUGGCCAGGGUCCCCCAGGCCGACCGGAGCCCCCCGCGCCCCCUGCUGAGAAACACCUGGGCAUCUAUUCCGUGCUGCCCAACCACAAGGCCGAUGCCGUGUUGAGCGUGCCGUCUUCGGUGACCUCGGGCCUCCAUGUGCAGCCCACCCUGGCCGUCUCCAUGGACUUCAGCACCUACGGGGGUCUGCUGCCCCAGGGCUUCAUCCAGAGGGAGCUGUUCAGCAAGCUGGGGGAGCUGGCGGUGGGCAUGAAGGCAGAGAGCCGCACUGUCGGGGAACAGUGCAGCGUCUGCGGGGUGGAGCUUCCUGACAACGAGGCUGUGGAGCAGCACAGGAAGCUGCACAGUGGGAUGAAGACGUACGGGUGUGAGCUCUGCGGAAAGCGGUUCCUGGAUAGUUUGCGACUGAGAAUGCACUUACUGGCUCAUUCAGCGGGUGCCAAAGCCUUUGUCUGUGAUCAGUGUGGUGCCCAGUUUUCGAAGGAGGAUGCCCUGGAGACACACAGGCAGACCCAUACUGGCACGGACAUGGCUGUCUUCUGUCUGCUGUGCGGGAAGCGUUUCCAGGCCCAGAGUGCGCUCCAGCAGCACAUGGAGGUCCACGCGGGCGUACGCAGCUACAUCUGCAGCGAGUGCAACCGUACCUUCCCCAGCCACACAGCCCUCAAACGCCACCUGCGCUCACACACAGGUGACCACCCGUACGAGUGUGAGUUCUGUGGCAGCUGCUUCCGGGAUGAGAGCACACUCAAGAGCCACAAGCGCAUCCACACGGGCGAGAAACCCUACGAGUGCAACGGCUGCGGCAAGAAGUUCAGCCUCAAGCACCAGCUGGAGACACACUAUCGAGUGCACACAGGUGAGAAGCCCUUUGAGUGCAAGCUGUGCCACCAGCGUUCCCGGGACUACUCGGCCAUGAUCAAGCACCUGCGGACGCACAACGGCGCGUCGCCCUACCAGUGCACCAUCUGCACGGAGUACUGCCCCAGCCUGUCCUCCAUGCAGAAGCACAUGAAGGGCCACAAGCCCGAGGAGAUCCCGCCCGACUGGAGGAUAGAGAAGACUUACCUCUACCUGUGCUAUGUGUGAGGCGCCUGCGGCGGGGGCGGCGGGGGACAAGAGGAGUAGAGACGGAGCGGGAUGACGUCCAGGAGGACCGUGAGGAAAACACAACAAAAAACAAAUAAACGAGAAACAACAAAGAAAAAAGAGAGAGAGAAGGAGAAGGAAACCUGGGAGCUGUCGGGCUCUGGGGUCUCUCUGGGGCUCCAGGUGACCUGGGUGCCUGGCUGAGCCCCUCCCCUUGGGCCUCCAUCCCUCCUUUCCCGGCUGGAGCUUGGCCUGCUCUUCUUGGAUGGAGGUGGAGGGGCUUUUGUUCAGCUCGGAUGGGGGGAUGUUCUUCUCUUCCCUCCGCCCAGAUCCUCCUUUUGUGUCCGGAAAUGGAGACUAGGAAGGGGGGAGGGCUCCUCCAGUCAGAGCCAAACCACCUCUGCCUGCCGUGCUCUCACUGACCCCUCGGGAGGUGGGGGCUGAGGGAUGGGUGGGCCGGGGGUGCAGGAAGGGGGCCUGCAGAUGCUGGGGCUGGGCGGGCUCACUGGCUGACACAGACGACGGCAGCUCUAGCUUGCUGGGGGCAGCCUGGGCCGGGAGGGGUUCUCCCGCCCUUCCCGUCGCUCAGUUCAUCUGUGGCUUUCUUCCUCUCCACCACACCUGGGUGCCCCGUCAUGGUCUUCAGGAGCCUCAGGGCUCUCAGCCCCUCCCCCAGCUCCUGGCUGCCCGGCCCCGGUUGACUCCUGUCCUCCCAGCCCCCCAUGGAUACGGAUCCCUCAUCCUCCAGCUCCCUGUUGGGGAAGCUGUGUCUGACUCCAGAGCCCCCACUCGCACCCUCAGCUUUCUGAGAACGCAGAUGAAGUAAAUGGAAGGGCCCAUCCCAGUCCAGCCCUGUCCUAAGCCAGAUUCCUGCUGAGCUGCUUUUGCUUCCAAAAUGGAAAAAGGAAACAACUAAAUACACACUAUCCCACCCAACAAACACACACAAACACAAACCCCCUGCGGCCCUCCUUCAGCCCCUAGGAGGAGGGAUCCACCAAAGGGCUCGUUGCCCAUGGAGGGAUGUGGAUGUCCUUCUCCAGAGGUGCCCUACACCUGGAGGGGGACCCCUGCCCCGGGAGGGUGUCGGCGAGUCGUGCCGGGGACCCUUUGUAUACACGGGACCCCAGACCUGUUGAGCUCCAUGGGAAAACCCAGGUCCAGAGGGCGGUACAGAAUUCCUGGCUCCCAGGGCCCCCCAGUCCACGGGGAGGAGGUGGGGGAGAAGGAGUUGAGAGCGCUUUGCCUCGUGUUACGUUUUGCUUCUUUUCUGUGUCCUCUGUUCACCUGUUAGCACAUUGUACUUGAAUUACCUCAGUUUUUUGUGACCUCAUGAGCUUUUUUGACCCCUGCCUGUAUCUCUUUUUUGGUUGGGGGCUGGAAGGAUGGGGAGAGUGUUCUUUUCUGUUUCUUGUGUAAGUUAAUGGCGAGUUUAAUAGGCUUCAGCUGGCCAAGGCCCUCCCCGUGUCCCCUAGCGAUGAGCCUCCCAGCUGGAGGGGGCCGUGCGGAAGGGGCUGAGUACUCAGGAUCUGGAUGGGAGGCCCGGGCAGAAGGUGGGUGCCUGCCGGGGACGGACGGGGUGCUGGGGGCACGGCAGAAUCACAGCCGGCUCGGCCCAGAUGUGAUGUCAUCCUGCCUAAAACACUCUGGAGAGAAUCCCACCUUUCUUACAGUUGGCUGGGUCAUCCGGGUCUGGGGGCCUGUGUUCUUCAGAUCCCUGCCAAGGCGUGACCCCACCUCUGUGUGUAUUAUCGUUGCCCAGACUGGUCUCUUUUCAGGGCUGGUCGGGGACAAGCCGGCCUGGGUGUUGUUGCGAUGGGGCGGGGGUGUUGUUUUUCUAAAAGCUACCUCUUAUGUUUGUCCAGUUCUUUUGUUCCCUUCAUGCCUCCCACCCUGCUGCUCUGCUUCCCCCCACUUCUCCCAGCCUCCCCUCCCUGAAUUUUUGGAAAGCACAUUUGCAAUAUUUGUGUUCGCUUUGGGACGGGUCUUCCCGUUUCAUCUCAUGCUUUAUUUGUAAGAGUUGUGGUUUUUUUCUUUCCUUUUCUCUCUCUGAGAAAGUUGUGGCUGCAUUUUUAUCUUAGGUUAUAAAAAGUGGUUUAGGGAAGCGGUUUUGGGGAGAAGGGUUGUGAGGCAUACAGGGAAGUCGGAGGGAUGGGUGCUGCUGUGACCACCCCCCUGUCCCUCGGCCCCAUCCCUCCUGCCCUCCCCUGUAAUCUCGCCCACCAAAUCUGAAGGCCUUAAAAGUUGUGUGUUGGGGGGAUACGGACAGGGGGGACUGGGUCACUAGACCGUUGAUUGGGGAUGAUAAUGUAGGGAGGAUGCUAUUUUGCAACUAUAAUAAUGACUUAGUGCUUUGGAAAGGAAAAAAAGAAAAGUUAAACUUGAAAUAUGUAACUAGAGCAGUUGUCAUGUUUAUAAUGUGAAAAGAGUGGAAUCAUUGGGGGAGGGGCAGUCUGUAAGAAACCUUUGUGCACUAUUGCCGCCUCCCCCAAUCUGGGAAGAAGAGGGGACAGGCUGGCCCCCAGGGGAUCUGUAAAUCCCAGAAAACAGUAUUUGAACAGCAAGAUGUCAUUCAACUUUGGUGGGGAAGGAAAAGAAAAAUCAAACUACUCCACAGACCUAGUUGGCCCCUCUCCGUCUCCCCUGCCCUUCCCACACAGCCGGGUCUCCUCCGCUGUUCGUAAAAGCUGAGAGGGUUGAGCUAAUAUUUACAAAUUGUAAUAUUUUUGUAAUAUUUGUUAGUUCCUUCAUCAGUUCUACCGGACCUUGCCCUUUCCUUUCGUAAUGUGACUAGGAAAACAAAAAACAAAACAAAAAAAACAAAAAGAAAAUUCACCACCACCACCAACAAAAUAUCCCUUUGUACGUGCGUGUGUGUGCGUGUGCUUGUUGUGUGCGGUUGUGUGUUAAAUCAUGCAGUAUUGUUGUAAUCGGGUGUUGCAGCAUUGGAUGGUACCUAAUCAGCCCCUGCCUGCCCCCACCAUCCCGGAGGGAGGGAUCAUGGUCGAGAGGUAGGGAGAGAGGGUCGGGGCAUGGGGUCUCUGAAGGAUGCUGAGUGGGGAGACCUCUGUACUGGACUCUCCCCUCCUCUCCCAUGAAGCCCCGGACACCCUGAAGAGACUCCAACACGUCUCUUUCCCAACUUCCUGCUCACAAAGACAAAAGAAUUCUGACCUUGCCAAGGUGGCCAGGCCUAAUGGCCAAGGUGAGGGUCAGAAAUCAUCUGGAGGCUUUAGAUGUGUCUGCACGAAGAGGGCUAAGGAGACGAGGAGGGUGGAGACUGCUCUCUCCCCAGGUGAGAUCCCUCUUCUUUGCCAUCUGGCCCCUUGGUCACCCUGCUGCCUUUGGCUGUGGUACUGCUGACAACCCUACUUGCUACUGCCUUAUCCAGCACAGUGAGCUUUCUCCAGCCUGGAAAGUCCAAGUGGAUUAAUAGUUCCUUUCCUACGUUCAGCUCCUAUAAGCGUGUCCCUUAAUGCUUUUGGUGACAUUUCCCCCUCACUCAUGUGCUCUUUCCCUAUUCACUCCUUCACUCAUUCAAAGCAUUAAAAUCCUAUGUGUAUAUAGGAUAGACAAAUAUAUAGAUAUAUAUAUAUAUAGCAAGAGAGAGAUAUAAAAUAGUACAUAUCAUUGCUGCUUUGGGCUGCUUUGGAGGAGGCCACGAAUACGGGGAAGGGAGAUCUGGGGUAUAGGGGUGGGAAGGGAGGCUGGGGGACCCAGUGAUUCCGUACAAUCCAGGGAUGCAACGCGGGCUUGUUUAAUCUUUGUGCCUGAACAGUUUUUCCAUGUUUAGAAAAGAAAAAAAAGAAAACCUGCUGCAAUUUUUCACAAGUGUCUGGUACCCUUCCGGAUGCUACUGGUACAACUGGCUGCUGGAGUGUUGAGGCCUUGGAGGGACGGGGCCCUUUGGCUCAUCUCCUUACAGGGGAGUGAUCAGUGGUGGGGGCAGCCUUCUGACUCUGGGGGGACUGGGGGAGAUGUGUGGCCAAUUCCCUGCAAGCCCAACGAGGGUGAAAGCUGGGGGCACGGGACAUAGGACAGAAAAGGGGGGAAAGAUCGGCUGUGUUCGUCCUUCCUAGGGCUAUGUUAAAUCUUUUCUUUCUCUCCCUUCUUGUUUCCUCCUUCCUGGAGGUUCAUGGUGGCACUUACCUGGAUAUUUCAGUAGGAGGGAAGAAGGUCAGACUAUCCCUACGCAGUGAGACUGAUGGGUGGAGGAGAAAGGCACAGCCGACCAGGAGGAGUGCAAGACAGACCAGGGGAGCUGGGUCAGGGGAAAAGGGCUGGGGAGAGGGUGUUCAGGCCCCGCAGGCCUGUUAGCCUGAAGCCCCGCCUCCCUGAGUCCUUGGCAUCCCAGUUUGCAGACAGGGUACCAGCCUCCUGGCGUGUGUCGUAGGAGUCGUUCACAUAGUGUUAUGCAUGAUCUUUGUAAGGUUAAGAGGCCGUGGUGGUGCACCAUGACAUCCGACCCAUAUAUAUAAAGAUAAAUAUAUAUAUAUAUGUAUGUAAAUUAUAGCACUGAGGGCUCUGCUGCCCUGCUGGACCAAGCAAAACUAAGCCUUUUGGUUUGGGUAUUAUGUUUUGUUUUGUUAUCUGUUUGUUUUCAUGGCUUGUCUUCUGUCGUGACAGCACAAGUGCCAGUCCAAUUGCUCUGUAUUACAGAAUAGUGUUUUUAAUUAAUUGAUGUUCUAGUUCAUGUCUACCUCAGCACCUCCUCUUAGCCUAAUUUUAGGAGGUUGCCCAAUUUUUGUUUCUUCAAUUUUACUGGUUACUUUUUGUACAAAUCUCUCUCUCUCUCUCUCCCCCCCCUUCUCUUUCUCUCUCCCUCCCUCCAUCCCUCCUCCCUUCCCUCCCCUCUCACUUCUGUUUGUUUCAUUCUCUCUUUCACUCUCCCCUUCUUCUUGCCCGCUCUGGCCCCAGCCCAGCCCUGCGACCCCACAUUGUGCUCGCCAGCCCUAUCUGUCCUAGCCCUGAAGCAGUUCACCCGAACUUGUGAACUUGUGCGGUCCUGGUUGCAGCUUUCCGCAUCUGCCUUCGUUUCGUGUAGAUUGAUGCGUUUCUUUGUAAUUUCAGUGUUUCUGACAAGGUUUAAAAAGAAAAAGAAAAAAAAAAAAGAAAAUAUGAAAUUACUGCUGCAGGUUUUUUUCUCUCUCCAUGUGUCACUAAGUGAAGUUUGUGCCUUCUAUAGCAAAGAGAAUAUUUUUUACAUCCUACUAACAGUAGAUUUUUUUGUAGUGAACAUUUUUUGUAUUUUUAUUUAUAAGUCUCAUAAGAAAAAUAGCAAUGUUCAGUUGUAUACCUUGAAUCUGCAGUUAGAAGAGAAUAAAGUUAAUUCAGUUGUCUCUGG